AUACAAUGGACGUAGCUGUGCUUUUUCCCUGUUGCCUUACGGAAGUGUGGGGUAAGGGAAAUGAGUAAGAUGUAGGCGUUUGUUUUUUUUUUUACACCCUCUUACGUGGGCAGUUUAGAAGUGCUUAAUAAUGAAAUAACACUGUCAAAGCACAGAAAAAUAUGCCUCUGAGACGAAUUUAUGACUUCCGUCCUUUCUGUGCCCCUUUACUAUAACCGCCACAGGGAAACAUCUUUGCAAGGAGGAGAUACAACUCCUACAGUUUGUAAUAUCCACAGAAGUGAUGGAGCUAACCUAAGCUGACUCAAAGAAAGUGAAGAAAGAAAGAAUGAUACAUAGAAGCAAAUAUAUAAACAAAGAAAAGAAAACACUGUUUGCUUAAAAUAGUGUGUUGUAGUGUGUUGGGUGCAAACACAGUAAUCACAUCAGCUCCACUCAAAAAUAAACAGCACCUUGAAGGAAGACAUGAAUGGCACAGCCAUAGAAAAUUUUAUCUGUGUGAUAUAUAAUGUUUCUUUCAUGAACUGCACUUGGCAUGUGAGCAGGACAGUUCCAGGAGAUACCCAAUAUUUCCUGUACUGGAAGAGCUCACGGAAAGAAGAUUUCAUAGGAUGCCAGAAUUAUGUCAAAGAUAAUUGGGGAAGGCACACGGGAUGUAGAUUCCAAAAUGUGACAAUAGAAGAUAAGAGAGUUUAUUUUCUGGUAAAUGGAAGUGGACAAAACAUUCAGUCCUACGAGAAUAUGAUUUAUCUGUACAAAAUUGAGAAGCUCACCCCUCCAUUAAAUGUCACUGUGAACUGUACAGGACUUUCUCAUAGUUGUGAAAUUAAGUGGCAACCACCUCGUACAAGUCAUGUGAAAAGAGACACUUGUUUCAAAUAUCAAGUUGUCAUAGAAAAGAAGGUUGAUCCUGAGAAAGGCAUCAAAGACACAUCCAAAAUGGAAACAAACAUCACUGGAAACUCCUACAUAUUUGACAGCUUUAGUGCAGAAAGAAGAUACAGCAUCAAAAUCAGAGCUACUGACAAUGGUUGCUUAGUGAGCAAAAACUGGGGGGAGUGGAGUACACCUGUAGAGUUUGGAGGAGAACAACUUAUGUCUACUUCAUCAUAUCUGCUACUUCUGGUAUCAGGACUGGCAGCAAGUGUCGUAUUUUUUCUCUGUGCAGUAAAUAUUUAUUUGAAAACAGUACCUGCUAGAGUACUACAGCCAAAAGACCCGUUCCAUGAGAUCGCUCCAAUGAAUUUCCAGACAGAACAUGAGAAUCAAUUAAUAAAGCAUGAAACUGAAGAAAUAACUGUUAUUGAAGAAGUGGCAUAAUGACAUGCAAGUGAAGAGAGUCGGAUUGUUUUUGUUUUUGUUUUUGUUUUCACAUGAACAAUUAUGUAUCUUGUUGGCAAUAAUUUAUAGGUUUUUCAUAUCGUCCUUCUUGUAAGCAGAGAUAACAUCAUUGCCUGUAGAGGCAGCUCCUCAGGAACCUGUCUUUGAAAAACUCCUUGUAUUUGCUUGCAUUUUCAAAAAAUAUUUUCAGUUGUAUGAUGAUGAUUUCUUCCUUUUUCUUAUGAAGACCAUUUUUGCAGUGUUUCGGCAAAAUAUUUCAGUAGUGCUGUGGAAGUAAUUAUACUAAUUUUCAAUCUAAUCCAAAAGAAUAAAAUAGGAGCAACCACAUUUAAGGGUUUUAUUCAGAGCCUUCAGUGGUCCACUGCCUAGGAAACAGCUUGAUCAAGGCUGUAAUCAGGAGUAAAAAUUUAUCAUCUCUAUGAAAACCCACUGAAAAUAGGCCAAGAUUAAACAUCUCAAAAAUGCUCACUUGUCCACAGAAAAUGAAUAUUGUUAAAGAUUUCAGGAGACAAUUUUCUCAUAAACCCAUUUAUUGCCUCCAAACUAUGUUGCUAAGUCCUUCAGCACAAUAUCACCUAGGGGCUGACCCUCACUGUUUACAAACCCAACGGUUUCCUCCCACCUCUCAUCACUUCUUAUUUGUGGUAAAUAAAAGUAUAACUUGAAUUGUGAA